CGUUCGCGAGCGUGGUGGUUUAGCUGGAAACGCCAGAGAUGGGUGGCAGAGGCCGACCGAGAAAGAAAGAUUCAACGCCUAAGGGUGGUGCUGCAACAAAAACAAUUGAUCUGAAAGAUGAUAAUGGGGAGCAAAAUAGCAUCUCAGUUGAGGAAACCAACAAAGAGCAAACUGAGGUCGUGAAGCUUGUUGCUCGCGAUCCAAACCAGAUGGGUCUCGAAAUUGAGGAAUUAAGGCGUUUGAGUCCAGAUCUAGGGGAGAAAGAAGGGGACGCUGAAGGAAUUUUGCUAGAUCUAGCAGUUUCAACGCAAGGCCAGAGGACAAGCAGAUUCGAUGCUGGUCCCAAGGAUGGAAGAGCAGAUAAGGGGAAGAGCGAGGCCGACCCCGUGGAAGGGAAAGUAGCGAAGGGGAAAAAGGGAAAGCCACUGUGUAGUUGGGCUUCGAUUGUGGAAGGGAAUAGGGAUAUCAGUAAAGGAUGGGAUUUGCAAUACAUAAAACCUCAAGAUCCAACUGGUGCUAUGGUUAUUACUGAGAAUGAGUGGGUUAAAGGGUCAAAGAUUUGGGAGAAUGCUCUUGUUGGGUAUGUUCUGGGAUCUAAACCUGAUUUUAAGGAUGUUGCUAAUUUUGUGAAUAACAGGUGGAGGGAAUUCCAGGUGCCUAAGGCGUUUAUGCUGCGAAAUGGAGUUUUCUUGUUUGAUUUUGCUAAAAGGCAAAGAGUGGCUUAUGCUCGCAUGCUAGUAGAGAUGGAAAUCAUGGACACUCUGCCCCAUGUAGUUCCUAUUAUUGGUCCUAAGGGUAUGUUCCAGCAGCCUGUGGUCUUUGAAUGGGAGCUUGUUAGAUGUGGUAAAUGUAGAAACCUGGGGCAUGAAGAGAGAAAAUGUACGACUAAGGAAAAAAAGGUGUGGGUUCCAAAAAAACUUGCCGAGGAGCAAGUGGUCAAUCAAAUAGUUGGCACGAAGUCUUCUGAGGGGAAUGCUGAAUUAUGUGGUGGUGAAGUGCAAACUGCUACUAAUUCAGCAAAUGUGAAGCAGAGUACACUUUCACGUCCUUCUGGAAAGCUGAUAGUGGAAAGCAAUGAGCAAAGUCCAGUGCAACUGGAAGUGGGAGCUAUUAAGUCAGUGAAUCUGCAGAGUGAGACUAGUACUGAUUUGAGGGUGACUGAAGUAAUACAAACAGACCAAUUGCUACAUGUUGAAGUAUCCUCUGCAGUUGGGGAUGUUAAAUUUUUGUGCACAAUUGUCUAUGCUUUUAAUACUUUUGAUGGUAAAGUAGCAUUAUGGGAUCAAGUUAGAGCUCUAGACGUUGAAAAUGUGCCAUGGAUAAUUUCUGGAGAUUUUAAUACAACUCUAAAUUAUGGUGAAAGGGUGAAGCUUAGUGGAGUUGUUUGGGGAGAUACCUUUGAGCUCAAGGAUUUUGUCAGUAGAAUGGAGGUUUUUGAUUUGCAAUUUUCAGGUGCUUUCUUCACUUGGAGUAAUAAGCAAGGAGAAAAUGACAGGCUAUGGUGCAAGCUGGACAGGGUAAUGGCUAAUUCAACAUGGGUUAGUGCAUUCUCAAAUACUUCUGUUGUCUUUCUAAAUCCACAAUCCUCAUAUCACUCACCCUCUUUAGUGACUGUGGAUGUAUUGAUGAACGAGAAACCAAGGCCAUUUAGAUUCUGCAAUGCUUGGUCUAAGGAUGAAAACUUCCUUGAUCUGGUUAGGGAAGCUUGGAGUAUGGAUAUUCAGGGAUGCCCUAUGUUUGUUAUAGUGCAGAAAUUGAAAUUGGUAAAACAUAAGAUGAAGCAGCUGCAUAAAAAUAGAUAUGGAAACUUGGAGGGAAGAAUAAAAGAUAUGGCAGCAGAGCUACAAAAUGUUCAAGCUUCCAUGCAGAAUGCUUUAUUUAAUGAGACUUUGGCUGCAAAGGAAAAGGAACUUCAACGUGAAUUAACUAAGCUUGAGAGAGCAAAUCUGUCCGUAAUUGCCCAGCGAGCUAAAGUAACUUGGCUAAAGGAGAUGGAUUCUAAUUCUGCUUAUUUUCAUGCUAAAGUAAAGGAGAGGCAGCAUAGAAGUAUUAUUAACUCCAUCCUGAACAAUGAAGGAGUUAGAGUGACUCAGCCUGAACUUAUAAAACAAAAGUUUUUAAUGUUCUAUCAAAACUUGUUUGGAAAGGCAAAAGAAGGUGUUCAAGCAGUUGAUAUGAAUGUUAUCCGCAGGGGCAGAGUGUUAACUACUGAAGAGUUAGAAGAGUUAUGCAGGCCAUUUACUACUAAGGAAGUGGAGACUGCCCUAUUUUCAAUUCCUUCUAACAAGUCACCAAGGCCUGAUGGAUUCACUUCAGGGUUUUAUAAAGCAGCCUGGUCAAUAAUUAAAAAUAAUGUCACAGCUGCUGUGUUGGAUUUCUUUGACAGUGGGAAAAUACUCAAGCAAAUUAAUGCCACCAAUAUUACUAUUGUUCCGAAGGUGAGUUGCCCAAAUGUUGUCAGUGAUUAUAGGCCAAUAGCUUGUUGUAAUGUCAUCUACAAGGUGAUAUCAAAGCUCUUAACCCAGAGGAUUAAUGAAGUGCUGAGCAUGCUGGUUAGCAGUAAUCAAACUGCAUUUGUAAAGGGCAGAUCUAUAACGACAAAUUUAUUGAUUUGCCAAGAUCUGGUGAGGAACUAUCAUAGAAGUAAGGGGCCAGCUAGAUGCUUAAUGAAAAUUGAUCUACAAAAAGCAUAUGAUUCAGUGGAUUGGGGUUUUGUUAAUGCAAUGUUAAGAGGGCUGAACUUCCUUGAUAGAUUUAUUAACUGGCUUAUGCUUUGCGUUUCUACUACCAGAUUUUCUGUAUCGAUAAACGGACAGCCAAAGGGUUAUUUUCAGGGGCAACGAGGGCUUCAACAAGGUGAUCCAAUCCCGCCUUAUCUAUUUGUGCUAGUGAUGGAAUAUCUCACAAGGAAAUUGAAGGAGUUAGAUAUGCAGGAGAAGUUUAAAUAUCAUAGUAAGUGUCGAGUGAUGCAACUUACGCACUUGAUCUUUGUAGAUGACAUUAUGCUUUUUUGUAAGGCUGAUGAGGAGUCCACUGUUUUGAUGAUGCAAAAGUUUGAGGAGUUUGCCCGAGUCUCUAGGUUGGAAGUGAAUAGAAUGAACAGUCAAGUUUUCUUCAGUGGUGUUAGAGAAGGGCAGAAAGUUGCUUUAAUUCAGAAGCUGGGUUUUGCUGAGGGACAGCUUCCAGUUAGAUAUUUGGGGUUGCCAUUUAUUUCAAAAAAGCUGUCUCCUAAGGCAUGUCAACUUAUUAUCGAUAAAAUUCAUCAAAGAAUUGGCUCUUGGGCAACGAAAUUCCUUUCAUAUGCAAGUAGAUUUCAACUAGUUAACUCUGUUUUAUUCCACAUUCAAGUUUUUUGGAGUGGUGCUUUAUUGAUUCCUAAGAAAGUGUUAAAGCUAAUUGAUGCUGCUUGUAGAAAUUUCAUUUGGUGUGGUAAAUGGAAUUAUAAUGCAAUGUCUCUUGUAGCAUGGGAUGAUGUAUGUGUGCCAAGGAAAGAAGGGGGACUAAGGGUGAAGCAAUUGUUGCAUUGGAAUAAGGUAGCAUUAGGCAAAUUGGUUUGGAAUAUAUGUCAACAUCAAGAGUCGCUAUGGGUUAAGUGGGCACAGGUGGUGCUGUUGAGGGGUGAAAAUUUUUGGAAGGUUAAAAUCCCAGCAGAUUGUGCCUGGACAUGGAGGUAAGUUUUAAAACUUCGUCCUUUACUGAAAAAUAUCAUUUGGAUGCAAGUGGGAGAUGGAAGACAAGUUUCACUAUUCUAUGAUUGGUGGGCAGGUGAGUUAAGGUUCUGUGAGUUGAUCUCAAAGGAUGAGAUUGUUGUUUAAGGCCAUGACCUUACAGUUAGUGAGUGGUGGGAUGGUUUAGAUUGGACCAUUCCAGAUAGUUUUGUGAGAAGACAUCCCAUGCUUGUCCAGAU